CCGCGCGCCGCUCCCGCACCCGCCGCCUCCUCCCCCCGGGCCCGGCUCCAGCGGGAGCGCGAGACGCGGGUCGCUCGGCGGCGCACUCGGGAGGGAGCGGUCGCCCCCGGCCGGCUUAGCUGCCCCCGGAGCGCGCCGCGGGAGCCGAGCAGCAGCCGCCGGGCGCGCACCGCGUCUCCGGCCCGCCGCGGCGCCCCCGCCUCGCCCCGCGCUUCCCUUCCCACCCUUUGCGGGGUUCGCGAACCGCGUUACAUGCAUGUCCAGUGGGGGAAGGUUUAAUUUUGACGAUGGAGGGUCCUACUGCGGAGGAUGGGAGGACGGCAAGGCGCACGGCCACGGCGUCUGCACCGGCCCCAAGGGCCAAGGCGAAUACACCGGCUCGUGGAGUCACGGCUUCGAGGUGCUGGGCGUCUACACCUGGCCCAGCGGCAACGCGUACCAGGGCACCUGGGCGCAGGGCAAGCGCCACGGCAUCGGCCUGGAGAGCAAGGGGAAGUGGGUGUACAAGGGCGAGUGGACGCAUGGAUUUAAGGGGCGCUACGGGGUGCGGGAGUGCACGGGCCACGGCGCCAAGUACGAAGGGACGUGGAGCAACGGGCUGCAGGACGGCUACGGGACCGAGACGUACCCGGACGGAGGGACCUACCAGGGGCAAUGGGUGGGCGGCAUGCGCCAGGGCUACGGCGUCCGGCAGAGUGUGCCCUACGGCAUGGCGGCUGUCAUCCGCUCGCCCCUGAGGACGUCCAUCAACUCCCUGCGAAGCGAACACACCAACGGGGCGGCCCUGCACCCCGACGCCGCCCCCGCGCUGGCCGGCAGCCCGGCCGUGUCGCGGGGCGGCUUCGUGCUGGUGGCCCACAGCGACUCGGACAUCCUCCGGAGCAAGAAGAAGGGCCUGUUCCGGCGCACGCUGCUCAGUGGGCUCAAGCUCCGGCGCUCCGAGUCCAAGAGCAGCCUGGCCAGCCAGCGCAGCAAGCAGAGCUCGUUCCGCAGCGAGGCGGGCAUGAGCACCGUCAGCUCCACGGCCAGCGACAUCCACUCCACCAUCAGCCUGGGCGAGGGCGAGGCCGAGCUGUCGGCCGUGGAGGACGACAUCGACGCCACCACCACGGAGACGUACGUGGGCGAGUGGAAGAACGACAAGCGCGCGGGCUUCGGCGUCAGCCAGCGCUCCGACGGGCUCAAGUUCGAGGGCGAGUGGGCCGGCAACCGGCGGCACGGCUACGGCUGCAUGACCUUCCCCGACGGCACCAAGGAGGAGGGCAAGUACAAGCAGAACGUGCUCGUCAGCGGCAAGCGCAAGAACCUCAUCCCGCUGCGCGCCAGCAAGAUCCGCGAGAAGGUGGACCGGGCCGUGGAGGCGGCCGAGCGGGCGGCCACCAUCGCCAAGCAGAAGGCCGAGAUUGCCGCGUCCAGGACAUCCCACUCCCGGGCCAAGGCUGAGGCGGCGCUCACAGCGGCCCAGAAGGCGCAGGAAGAAGCGCGGAUCGCCAGGAUCACUGCCAAAGAGUUCUCGCCCUCCUUCCAGCACCGGGAGAACGGGCUCGAGUACCAGCGGCCGAAGCCUCAGCUGUCCAGUGACGCCCUGGAGGUCACCUCCACGGGGACAGCCCUGCAGGAGAGCCCCGAGCUGUACCGCAAAGGCACGACGCCCUCGGACCUCAGCCCCGACGCCAGCCCCGACGCCAGCCCGACGCCCACCCCCCGCAACAAGCCGCCGCACCUGGCCCGGCAGGUGUCUGUGGACGAGGAGCGCGGUGGGCACAUCCAGGUGCUGCUGGAGGCGGGGCCCGGGGACCACGCCCGCAGCGGCUGGGCCGAGAAGGGGGCUGCCCGGGGCUCCGGCCACAAGCAGCCCGGGAACCCCAAGGCGCGGGAGCGGCCCGAGUCGCCCACCUGCUUCUGGACUUCUCAGCCCCGGGCCGGAGCCCCGGGUAGCGGCGGCGUCAGGCUGGCCGAGCUGGACGAGCGGCCGAGCAAGUACGAGAUGGAGCUGAAGCCCCUGCUGCGCGUGGACGCGGCCCUGCAGGAGCCGCAGCCCCAGAGGCGGCGCCCCAGCAAAGGGGCGCCCUGCCGGGGCUCGGGGGACGACCGGGCCUUUGGGGCGCAGAGACAGAGGGCCAAGGCCCAGAACAAGGAGAACGCCAGGCCGGCGGCCGAGCCCGCGGUGCAGAGACUGGAGAGCCUGCGGCUGGGGGGCCGUGCCGAGCCCCGGCUGCUGCGCUGGGACCUCACCUUCUCCCCGCCCCAGCGCUCCGCACCGGUGGAGUCCGACCAGGAGACGCGGGACCAGCUCAAGCCCAGCUCGGGCUCUGCCCCCCUCCUGGUCGCCAUGGUGAUCCUGCUCAACAUCGGCGUGGUCAUCCUGUUCAUUAACUUCUUCAUCUGAAGGGCAGGCGCGGGGGGAGACCGAGCGAGCCCCAGAGGGGCGGACUCAGCCCGACUCGGCCUCCUCCCGGGAUGGCGUGAUUGGGGUAUUAUCACAGUUUGCCUUUUUUCUGGUAAUGUUUUUGGAUUUUAGUCAAACUCCUUUGCUUGUCUAACUCGCUGCGGCAUGGCAGAGGCGGGCGCUCGCCGACCCUCAGCUUGGCGUGGGGGAAAGGGUCCCGGCCAAGCACAGCACGGCGCAUCCCCGUGCCGGGUGGGGGCUGUCGGAAGGACCCACGUCGCGAGGAAACGGAGACCCCCACACCUGGUCCGGAGCCGGGUCCCCUCAGGCCCGGCAGGAGCAGGUCCUGGGGUCUCUGCCUCUCCCAGCCUUGACCCCUCACCCCACCCCGGAACACGGUUCCGGAAUGCCGGGGCUUGCUCCUGGCCCUGCCCCCGCCGGCGCUGCGUCCGCAGACUGGGCGCUGCUUCCGUUUGCUGCCUCUGCCUCGGGGCAGCCCUUUACUACAUGCACUGGAUUGCUAUAUUUUUAACCAAAUAAACUGGAGAUUAGAGCAUG